AUGCAUAAUCAACUUAAAUUAGCAGACAACCCUGCAAGCGACGUAGAUGCAACCUCAUCAACCUCGGAGCAACAACCAUCAGAACCAUCAAAUAAUUCGACAUCUACUUCGUCACCCUCACCAACAGAAUCAAUAGAAUCAACUCUACCAGGCGUCAAACUACCAAAAACUUCAACACAAUGGUCAGAAGCAAAUGCCUACUUCCAACUGCAACAACAUACACUGCCAAACUACCACGACAUUGACGCAUUUGCAUAUACAUUUCAAAAAAUGAUUUACGACUACUUUGCCUUAAAUUAUGGCACCAUCAAACCUCAAACGAUCAACAACAACAACAAAAGUUCCAACAAAUCUAUUAAAGAAUUAAAAAAUAAAUUGAAGCAACUAAAAUUAUUGGGCCGCAACAACCAGGGCUUUGACAAUCUUAUCAGAUCAACAAGUAAAGAACUGCGAGCCAAACUGUUAUCAACAAAAACAUCAAAAUCUGGUAAGUCAUGUGGUAACAUCACGUCUCAACUGAAACGACGAUUCUGGUGGACAUGCAGAAGAAUAUUUGCCCAGACAGAAAAUUUGAAACCGUUGUUCAACGUCAGUGAUUGCACACAUUAUUUCAAACAAAUACUAUCAGAUGAUAACCAGAAAAAAUGCCAACUACCAAACUGGACUCAACAGCUACAAAAACCAUCAACACCCUGCAACACAAGCCCUCCAUCAUACCACGAAAUAUCUACAAUAGUUCGCAAGUUCAAAGCUAAAUCAUCACCUUGUCCACUCGAUCAAAUCUCGAUAAUUUCAUUUUAA